CUCUCUCUUCGGCCUCGCUCCGCAGCUCUUUUCAACCCCAUCGGCGAGACCUCGAUUUUAACCAUCAGGCCCCGAGGCUUACCUCUCCCGACUGUCUCUGCUAGUGUGCUUGGUUUGUGUACAUCAAAUUCUAGCUCCUUGCUGGACUGCUGUUUCUGCGAGCAAGUAGUCAGUCACGAUGGCAGCAAAUAAGGACGCUCGCGGCCCCGCCCACGAUCCCGCUACCAAGGCACAGAUCCACGAACAACGCCUCCUCUGGAAUCCUGAAAACGUCAAAGAUGUCGCAGAGUCUGUCGGCAUCUCCAAUAUCGGCGACGAGCCGUUACGUACGCUCUCCCAGGAUGUCGAAUAUCGCAUUGGCCAGAUACUCGUCGAAGCUCUUCGGUUUAUGCGGCUUGCCAAACGCACCACGAUGACGGUCCAAGAUGUGUCCCAAGCGGCCCGGGUUCUUGAUGUAGAGCCGUUGUAUGGGUACGACUCUACCCGACCGCUUAGAUAUGGGGAAGCUAGUUUGGGUCCACAGCCGCUGUUCUACAUCGAAGACGAAGAAGUCGACUUCGAGAAAUUGAUCAAUGCGCCGCUACCAAAGAUACCGCGAGAUAUGCACUUUAGCAAACACUGGCUGGCCGUUGAAGGUGUCCAGCCUGUCGUCGUCCAGAACCCCACCACGGCGGAGUCGCGGUCACAAGACCUGCUACCCAAGGGUCCCGGCGCUAACCCUGCACUUGCUGCUCUGUCCGGGCAGGACAAUCCCAACUUUCGGCCCGCCGUCAGACACGUCAUCACGCGGGAACAGACUCUCUAUUUCGAGAAGAUUCAAGCGGGCUUAAUGGACGACAGUUCCGAUAUCGAGGUUCAACGACUGCGGGAGGCCGUCUUGGAAUCUGUCAGCUCUGAGCCCGGCAUCCAUCAACUCGUCCCAUACUUCGUCAACUUCAUCUCAAACCAAGUCACCCACCGACUCGACAGCCUCUUUGUUCUGCGUCAGAUGAUGGAGCUUACGAACGCAUUAAUUAACAACGAGUCUCUCUUUCUGGCGCCGUACGCCAGUUCGCUAUGCGCCCCCGUGCUCACGUGUAUGCUCGGCCGCAAGGUCGGGCCGGAGAACGGAGUCGAGGCUCUGAAGGAGCAGUACCUACUACGAGAGUUCUCGGCGACGCUGGUAGGGCAGAUCGCGCGUAAGUACUCUCCGCAUAAUAAGAUUCUGCGGCCGAAGCUGGUGCGGACCUGCCUCAAGAACCUGCUUAACCCGACAUUCCCGCCGGCGGUGUGGUUCGGGGCGGUCCAGGGGCUGGUGGCGGCUGGCGGGGCGGACGUGGUCAAGAUGCUGCUACUGCAACACCUCAAGGACUUCGAGGCAGCGAUGCUGGCGCCGCUACGGGAGCGGGGCGACGCGACAAGCCGCACCGAGUACGAAGCGCUGGUGGGCGCGAUCCUCAAGGCGAUCCGGCUAUUGGCCGACGACGACGGGGGCGCGGCCGCCCCUGUGGUCAACGGCAUGAACGGCUACACCAACGAGAGCGAGGCCGCCCAGGUGAAGGCCUUCUUAGGCGACGUCAUCGGCGAGCGAGUCGUCCAGCUCGGCGACCACAAGCUAAACCAGGUCGUGCUGGACGCCAGGAACUUUAGCUAAAACCCUGGAUUGGGGGGGUUGGGGGGAUAGUGGACGGACCUAGCCAGCGGUGCUGGGGGGAGGAGGGGAGAGCGAUUUGACGUUUUCCGAACCGCACACGGAUUUUGGGAGGUAGGUGUCUCGAGGCGGAUGAUACCCCAUUGAUAAAGACAAAAAUGGAUUAUUUUAUCUUAAGGCGUUUCUGGACCUGCAACUACGGGCGGUGCUUGCAGAGGAGAGAAGGACAGGUAUCGCGGCGGGUAAUUGAUCGAAGGACCUUUGUCCACUGGCCACCGGCCUCUGGGCUGACCGGUCCGUGCUGGGUGGCCGGCAUCACUUAUAGAAACGAAAGAA